CUUCCUCCAGCUUUGCACCACAAUUUGAAAAGAAGGGUUAUAGAGAGAUUCAAGAAAUCCCUCUUCAGCCAGCAGAGUAACCCUUGCAAUUUGAAAUCUGAAAUUAAAAAGUUAUCUCAGGGAUCCCCAGAACCGAUUGAGCCCAACUUUUUCACAGCAGAUUACCAUUCAUUACGUCAUUUAUCAGCUGGAAACAGCCUGUCCCCAGAUGACCCGACAGGUUUACAUACCAGCUCUGAUUUGGAGGAGGGAAUAACAUAUGAGCAGAUGCAGACUGUGAUUGAAGAAGUCCUAGAGGAAAGUGGUUAUUACAACUUUACAUCUAACAGCAAAUACGCUGGAUUCCUGUAGAAAUGGCUUCAGCUACUAUUUGAAGGCAGGAAAAACUUCUUUGUAAGGUACUUUUAUUGCUUGCCUUUUACUUUUUCUAUGGUGCGUAUUCAUGAACACAGACAUCAGCUGGAGAGGCAAUGCAGAUGAACCAGGCUGAACCAGCUCCUCGGCAACCCGAGAUGCAGCUAUGAAGGGCUGGUGAGCAAGGAAGCUCAGUGCUUCCCUAGGUUGACCUUGACUCUUGGGGUGAAAUUCCGUCUAAACAUGAACUUCUUCAUGUUCAACAACCAAAUGUGAUAAUAAGUAUAUUUUAUGUAACUUUAGAUCUUCCAGAUCAUGUCCUUUGAUGGAAAUUGACAGAAUUUGGGGUAGAUUAUCUUUUCCAUUGAAAUGUGCUGCUAACAGUAUGCUUACCCUUGGAUGCCAUUUUUCAUGUUGAUAGGAAGACACAAAUGUCUCAGGAAAACAACUUUGUGAUAAAGAAAGAAAUUCCUAUGUGUGUCAUUGCGGUUAAAUUGCAUAUUGUAAAUAUAACUGUUAUGGCUGAUUACAUCCCUGCUGUGAU